AUAAUAAUUAAUGCAAAAAUGACUAAUUGUUGUAAUGAAUAAUACAACAGCUUAGCUUAAUUAAUAAUCAUUAAUUUUAAGGAAAUAAUUUGUCAAUAAAAUUAAAUUAUUUUAAACAAAAAAAUAAUCAUGAUAAACCAAUGACAUAAAAAGAAAAAUAGCGUGAUGCUUGUGAGUCAAUUAAUAAUGCUGAUGAAAAGAUAAAAAAACUAAACUGUCAAUAAAAAAUUAAAUAAUAACUAAGUCAUUAAAUAUUCUCCAACUCAUCAAACAUCUUGGAUUGUUGGUCAUUUAGAUAGGUAUAUAUUUUAUAUAACAAAUAAUAAUCAAAAGAAAAAAAAAAAUAAAAUGAGAUAAGCCAGCACAAAGUGGUACAAAGUCGAUUAUUGAAUGAUCAAAAUUAUCAAAACAAUACCGAGAGUCAACUGACAACAAGUAUCAUCAAGAUUCAUCAACAUUAAAACAAGCAACACCAUGGAUCAAGAAGCUAAUAAUUCUGGGGUAUUUUUAAUAUUUAAUUUAUAUAUUUAUUAUGUUUAUUUCAAGAUGUGCCUAGAUGCUCCAAAAAUAAAACACUCUGUACUUCAUCAUUUCUAUAAAUUACCAUGAUUAUUUUAAUAAUUUUUUUAUAACUUUAACGAGUCUACACAUCAUCAUUUUUUUUAUACCUCAUAAAAUUUAUAUUAUUAUAUACUUGUUUGAUUGAUUGAUCAUACUGAUAAAUUAUUAAAUGUGGUAAAAGUUUAAAGACCUUGAGCUCAUUUGAACGUGUGAAAAAUCGCGAAUAAAUUGGAAUAUAUUUUCACGUGCGCAGAUUGAUAUCACCUGGUCAGCAUUAUCAUGUUCACCUCUCGGGAAAGGCUGGUGACUGUUCUUGCAGCAGUUGGAACAAUAAUAACUGUUGGAGCUGCUGUUAAAUAUUAUUUAUCAUGGAAAAAAAGCAAGAGGAAGACACCAGUUCUUCUGGAAGAUCCAACAGUCAAGUAUCAAUUGCCUUUGAUUGAAAAAGAGAUUAUUAGUUCAGAUACAAGAAGAUUUAGAUUUGGUUUACCAACACCAGAACAUGUACUUGGUCUACCAGUUGGUCAGCAUGUUCAUUUGAUAGCCACAAUUAAUGAUGAACUUGUUAUUCGUGCAUACACACCAAUAUCAAGUGAUGAAGAUCAUGGUUUUGUUGAUUUACUUAUUAAAGUUUACUUUAAAGAAGUACAUCCAAAAUUCCCAGAGGGUGGAAAAAUAACUCAGUAUCUUGAAAACAUGAAAAUUGGAGAUACAAUUGCAUUCAAGGGACCUUCAGGACGUCUUGUAUACAAAGGAAAAGGUGCUUUUACUAUUAAAUUGUUGAGAAAACCACCACCAAGUGAAUAUGAUGUUAAAAAAGUUGUUAUGAUUGCUGGUGGCACUGGAAUCACACCAAUGCUUCAACUUGUUCGUCAAAUUGCUAGAGAUCCAGAGGAUCAUACAAAAGUAUCACUUUUAUUUGCAAGUCAAACAGAAGAGGAUCUUUAUCUUCGUGAUGAAAUUGAAGAACUUGCUAAAAAAUAUCCAGAUCAAUUUAAAUAUUGGUAUACUAUUGAUAGAAGUACUGAGUCAUGGAAAUAUUCAACUGGUUUUGUCAAUGCUGAUAUUAUUAAAGAACACAUGUAUCCACCAGGUGAUGAUACAAUUGUUCUCAUGUGUGGACCACCACCAAUGAUCAACUUUGCUUGUACACCAAGUCUUGACAAACUUGAAUAUGAUCCUAAACUCAGAUUUGCUUAUUAAUUAUUAUUAUUUUUUUUUUUCUUUCAAGUAAUAUUAAAAUAAAAAAUUUAUUCCAAUUACGCAAUCAAAAUGACAUUAUCAUUUUUUAAUCAAUAUUUUUCUUUUUAAAUAUAUUGUGUAAAUAAAUAGGAAAAAUUUUUAAAAAUGUACAGUUUAAGCAUUUAUUAUUAAUGUUAAAACUCUUUGAAUUAUUGUUAAAUAAAUUGAAGGUAUAGAUUA